AAUCUGAAAGUACAACUUAUUUGCAGCGCAGUGUUAAAAUUGACACUCACAACGCGUCGCCUGCAAUAUUUUAGCCAUUUACUGAGAAGCGUUAUUCUUUUCUGGUAAACAGAAGUGCUCUCUUCAAAUAAUAACAAAUAUUAAAUUUAAGGAAAGAAAGAAAGGACCUUGGAAAAGAAAAAUGAGCGCGCUGUGCCGCACUUGUUGCCAGGAGGCGGAGCAUGCCAAGAUGCUAUUCCACAAGGAACGCAGCUACGUCCUGCAUAACAUACUGAAGCUAACUGGGAUUUGGGUGAACUAUUUUACCAAGCUUUUUGAAAUCUUAAUGAUCACAGGGCCAUAUUCCACUCCUUUCCAGUUAAGUGAGAAGCCCGGAGUGCCCUCAAGGAUUUGUUUGACCUGUCUUCUAGACCUUCACAAAGCCAUGGCCUUUCGGGAGCGCUGCAUUAAGGCAAAUGAAUCCUGGUCCGAGCAGAAGGACACACAAGCGGAUUUAGAACCUCAAUUGAAGGACGACAUUGAUCAAGUAGGGAUUCGAGUGCAACUAGUGCCGUUGAACUCCUUGCAUAAACCAAAAAUGGCUGUGCUCCGGAAGAUUUCACCACAACGCAGCAGGAAUCCGGAUGAAACUCCGUCAGACCCCAUAGAAAGGCCUUUAAAUUUUUGUUCUGGUUCUAAACUCUCUUUUGUUAGUCUCGUGGAUCCCCUACAUUGCGAGGCCAGUAUCCAGGUGAAGAAACCCUUAACGGCUGUGCUAGAAAAGAAAGCGCAAGAGCUCACAAGAGAACUGGGUGAGGCUUUGCCAAAGACCCAAGGCAAUCUUGUACAUUUUUUUUCCGACCCUGAAGUCCCUUCUGUUAAAGUCGUGGAGCCCCUAGGGCGCGAGGACAUUAUCCAGUUGACGAAACAAAAAAUCAGUGUAAGGAAGAUUUCAUCAAAACGCACAAAGAGCAUUGGGAACCUUUCAAAUGGCUUUUCUGGCACUGAAGUUCCUUCUAUUGAUAUCCAGGUGAAGAUCGAACCAUCCAGUACUUCACAAGAACAAAAAGAGAUUAUGUCAGCGAGGAUUCCACAACCAAGCAACAGCAAACUGUAUAAGACUCGGUUUAAGAUUACAGACAACUGCAUUUAUCAUUGGGCUAGCCCUGUGUCCCCUUCUGUUGAACUGGAUCCUUUAAGAUGCGAAGACAACAUUCAAGUGAUGAACGAGCCCCUUCUUUCGGAUGAUGAGCCUGUGGAAUCAGUAAACCAAGAAAUCAUGAAAGAGGAACCCGGAAUCCAACACGACGUAGAAGUAAAAUCCACAAACGAGCAAAUCAUAGAUGUACGACCGUCUUCCAAUAACAAAACCAAAAGAACAAUUAGAAAAAAGAGCAAAGAAGAAAAAUAUGCCGCACGAAAAAGGUGGGCGGCGGUGCAAAGAGCUCUUGCAAAGGAGCAGAGACCCUAUUUUUGCGAUCAAUGCGGAAAAACCUUCAGCGAACAGGGCAAUUUCAAUCUGCACCUCAAGCGGCACAAGGGCGUCAGGGAGUUCCAGUGCAAGGAGUGCGACCGCAGGUUUUUCAGCCAGCAUCUCCUCAGUCUGCAUGUGCGGAUCAAGCAUCGCGGUGAAAAGCCCUAUAAGUGCAAGUACUGUGGCCAGCGCUUCCACAACUGCCUUAGGCGGUUGGACCACGAGCGGAACCACAAGGAGUGCCCCGACCAUAGACCGUACGUGUGCCCCAUCUGCAACAAGGCAUUCAAGAAAAACAGGAUGCUAAAGUUCCACGGCGUGGUGCACACGGGCGAACAGCCCUACCAGUGCGAGAUCUGCAAGACACACUUCAAUCGGAUGAGCAGCCUGAGAACCCACUUCAAAUCCAAGCAGCAUCGAUUGAGAGUCGAAAAGCAGGAGAAAACGAAAACACUGGAUGAUGGAGAUGAAACUUUGCCAUAGGAUGAGUGAAGCAUUUGUUUCCAGUUCAAGAUUGUUAUAAAGUUCUACUUGGCCUACAAAGAUGUAUUUGUUUUAUGUUAAAUUUUUUAUGCUUUAAUAUACAGAUUAUUUAAUACACAUUUUGUUUCAAAAA